UGCUGGGUCAGAGGAAGCACUGCGGCCAGCAGCACUGUGCAGGGAUGGACCUCAAGGGGAGUCGGAGUGUGACACUGAAUGACGGGCACCGCAUGCCAGUGCUGGGGCUUGGCACCUACGCCUCUGCCGAUGUUCCAAAGAGCAAAGCCCGUGAGGCCACCGAAGUGGCCAUUGAUGUUGGCUUUCGGCACAUCGAUUCUGCCUACUUAUACCAGAACGAGGAGGAGGUGGGGGAGGCGAUGCGCGUGAAGAUGGCUGACGGCACCGUGAAGCGGGAGGACUUGUUCUACACCACCAAGAUCUGGGGAACCUUCUUUCGACCAGAAUUGGUUCGUCAGUGCCUGGACCGAUCUCUGAAGAAGCUCAGACUGGACUACGCAGACCUGGUCCUCCUUCACAUCCCCAUCCCCCUGCAGCCAGGAGAGGAAAUCCUGCCCACGGACGCCAGUGGGAACGUGCUCCUCGACACCGUGGACCUGCGUCAGACGUGGGAGGCCCUGGAGAGCUGCAAAGACGCCGGGCUGACCAGGUCCAUCGGCGUGUCCAACUUCAACCGCAAACUGCUGGAGAUGAUCCUCAGCAAGCCGGGGCUCAAGUACAAGCCCGUGUGCAACCAGGUGGAGUGUCACCCUUACCUGAACCAGCAGAAGCUUCUGGACUUCUGCAGGGCCAGGGACAUCGUCCUCGUGGCCUACAGCGCCCUGGGGUCCCACAGGGACCCUCGAUGGAUUCCCAAAGACAGUCCGUAUCUCCUGGAGGAGCCGGUCCUGACGACCAUCGCCAAGAAACACGGCCGCAGCCCGGGGCAGGUGGCCCUGCGCUACCAGCUGCAGCGGGGGGUGGUGGUGCUGGCCAAGAGCUUCAGUGAGAAGAGGAUCAAGGAGAACUUCCAGGUGUUUGACUUUGAAUUGACCCCAGAGGACAUGAAAGCCAUUAAUGGCCUCAACAACAACUUCCGCUAUUUCAAAAUGGACUUCGGGGUUGGCCACCCCAACUACCCAUUUGCUGACGAGUACUGAGCGAGAGUGCAGUGUGGACACCAUCCCUGGGCCCUGCGCGCUGGGGAUAGGGGCCUCGCUUGCACAGCUGAUAGGGGCAGCACCUGCAGAUCAGCCCAGCCUCUCGUGAUGGGCCUGUUUCUCGCAUAAAAGUAAUAAAGACUUCGAUUGAGGGGCUGUGUCUCGA